CAACCGGUUUCACACAUUUGGGGUCGUCCCCCUCGUUUCAUGGUCGGUAAUGGGGGGAUUCUGAUCACAAUAAAAAGCAAGCAGCGCUUCCGUUUCCCUCAUGUGUUAGGGGGUGGUGUCGGGUGGGGUGGAGCUCCUCCAAGUUCAUGGAUCGCAGUUCUCUAACACCUGCGGACGCCUGGCUCUCCACGCCUCAACCUUGGCCUUAUUACCAAACCAAGAGUGUCGAGGAGCUGAAGCAGUCCCUAAUGUCCGCUGUACUAGAGCUUGAAUCCACGCGAAUGGCGGCCCGAGAGGAGCUCAGGAGGGGCGAGGAGGAAAGAAAGCGCCUCGCUUUACUCCUCAAAGCCGCCUGGGUAGAGAGAGAUGAAGCCAAAGAAAAAUGUCUGCAACUCCGCCAGACCCUCCUCCAAAGCACCAUCAAAGAAAACAUGGGCCUCCAUAACCUGGCCGGAUUCUCCGACAUCUCCCCGCAAAACUCUGCCGGAAAAUCCCACAAGGCUGGGGAUUCCAAUUCCAACACCACCGACUGUGAAAGCAUCACAUUCGUCUCCUCUUCUCCUAAUCAAUCCAUCUUCCAUGACCUCGAUGACCCACUUGAAUCUGACGCACCAUUGCCGGAAUCCAGCAAAGUAUCACCGGAAUCCGGCGCCCAACAAUUGCCUGAGAAGGGGAAGCUGUUAGAAGCGGUGAUGAAAGCCGGACCGCUCUUGCAGACACUGAUGCUGGCGGGCCCUCUUCCUCAGUGGCGCCACCCUCCGCCUCCUCUCGACUCCUUCGACAUCCCCCCUGUUGGGGUUGGAAUUGGGAUCCCAAACAACAAUUCUUCUCCUUCAUCAAUGGCUAUGGCUAAGAAAAGGCCAUUAUCCUCCUAUUGUGAUUACAGCAUGGCCCAAGCACACGCCUCAAAGCACCAGAGGCUGGCUUAGCAGAUGCACAUGUUUUCUUUCUUAGGACCCCUGAAUCGGCUUCGGAUGAGGUAACAAACAUUGUACUAUAUGCUUAAUUUCCUGACUAUAGCUGCCUGCUUCUAGUGUGGGGAGCGAGUGAGGAAGUGUUUUGGACCUUAAUCAUUUUUAUUGAUUUGUAAGGUUGAAAGAGAUGGAUUUAUAAUUAACGUGAUUUUAGUUGCUGAGCUU